UUUCUAUGUCAGUGCUCUCUCGUAGCUGUCCGUGUGCGCUCGUUGAAUUGGUCGCGUUCCGUAUCGCGUACUCCGCAUUUGUGCGUUUUUUUUUUAAAAAUUGUUUGUAACCAAAGGGUUGUACAGAGCGACCCUUGGGAUUUUUUGUUCGACAUUCCGACAAACUAUACCGGUGCGUUUCGCGCGGACAUUAUUAUGUGUUUUUGAUCGGCCAGCGCACGCCUGAUACGCUGUGGCCGCGGCCGUCUGACCUCAUCCCCCGCCGAACAAACACGAUCGCCUCCGCCGCCGAUAACGAGUGCGAUCCUCGUUAAUAAUAAUUUUGUCGCGUGCAGCCCUCGAGUGCCCCGACUGGACGUGCCGAACGAUGGGCCGCAAGACGUCGUUGGCCGCCACCGUCGGUUGGACGACCGUGCUGUUGUUGUCGGUUGUUGUCCCGCUGACAACGUGCUACGAUCCCGUCGACACGGACGAAAUCUAUCCCAAGUUAGUAAUAGAAGACAAGGAUAAAGGAUACCAUGGUCUGGUGAAAGAAAAUGAAACCCUAGUCGAAGUUGUACCAGAAAUUUACGCUAUCGGCGACGUUUGUAAUUUUAAUAUCGUGAACAAACACCACGGGGAAGCUCCGUUCGAAAUUAUUCUUCGACCCAAUGGUUACGCAGAGCUUAGAGCCCGAAAAACUUUGAACUGUGAAAAACGCAAAACAUACAAAUUCGAUAUCGCUGCAGUCUCCUGUUCUGGUUUAGUAUCUGAAAAUGUCACUGUUCAUAUCACUGUCGUGGACAUCAAUGAGUAUGCACCUAGUUUCCUGGAGGCAGCCUACGUCAAAGAAGUGGACGAGGGCCGUUUGUACGAAGAAAUCUUACGUGUCGAAGCGUCCGAUCGCGAUUGUACACCACGAUUCGGUGACAUUUGCAAGUACGAAAUACUCAACAGCGAUCAGCCAUUCACAGUCAACAACGAGGGAAGCAUCCGGAAUAUUGAACCUUUGGAUUACGAUCGCAGCCACAAUUAUAUAUUGCCAAUAGUAGCGUACGACUGUGGUAUGAAGCAAUCUUUACCCGUCAUGGUUACCAUCAAAGUGAACCGUAUCUGCAAACUCGGAUGGAAAGGCGUUCCAGAAGAAAUAGAAUAUUCUCCGAGCUCAGGCCGUAAAGACUUGUUCCCUAACGCCCAGUUGAGACUCUGCGAUGAGCCAUGCCAUGUAAAGAGUGUAAAUGCUAAAAUAACGCUAGCGACAUCUCAUAUCGGGAAAGGUUGUGACCGUGACACUUAUUCGGUCCAAAGCCAAAGGAAAAUUUGUGGUGCGAGUGAUGAGAGCGUCGAACUAUUGCCAGCCAACCGUGUACCGCUUUCGGCCGGAAACGCAAUCAAACAUGACGAGGGUCACGAAUCUGAUCAAAUGUACGAGUUUGACGGAAGUAGUACGGCCGUCGCUAUACCAAACGAUGUUCUUGACCACGGUCUAUCGUCGGCAUUCACCAUCUCUACUUGGAUGAAACAUAAGCCGAUGCCACAUCAAGAUAAACACGUUAAAGAACACAUCCUAUGCUCUGCCGAUGACCACAAAAUGAACCGUCAUCAUUAUGCUUGGUUUGUGCGUAACUGUCGCUUGAUUUUGCUGUUGAGACGUGAUUUUUCGCAAGGAGACCUGAACAUUUUCAGACCGGCCGAAUGGAGGUGGAAAAUUCCACAAGUAUGCGACAAUGAGUGGCAUCACUAUGCUGUGUCGGUUCAAUUCCCGACCGUUCAACUUUAUAUUGACGGAGUGCUCUUCAAACUUGAAAACAAAAACCCAGAAGUUAUCGACGAUUGGCCUCUGCAUCCUACAAAGGGCAUCAACACAACUCUGACCGUCGGAGCUUGUUGGCAAGGUUCUGAAAACAAAAUGAAGCAUCAUCUCCGUGGUUAUUUGGCCGGUUUAUCUGUGCUAUUGCACAAGUUAGAAAAACCUGAAGUACUAGCGUGCUUACACAAGUGUAAAGAGAGUUUGGAAGUACCCGCGAUGGAAUUAUUGGAACCUGGAAUGGAAUUGCUCACCAACAGCGAGUUAACUGAAUUGUCCAUCGAAGGAGAUAACAAAACAAACUUGGAAGUUUUGGUGAGGAAAAUCGGUUAUUCAAACAGUCGAGACUAUCCGACACCAGGAAGACGCAAUCUUCACUUGAUUACCACUUUGACUUGCGAUGGUGGUCACGAAAUCAAAAUGCCUCCUGCCGAUAGCUACGUGAUGGUUCACCGUCCACAGCAACCCAACAUUGUUAUUAACGGCACAAACACCAUUCCCAGAGAGUAUCACGAGUUCAGACAAGGCGUACAAGUGUUCCCCGACUUGGCCAUCAGUGUUGAACCAGAAAGUUAUGAUUACGAAGCUAAAUAUCCUGAACUGACCAAUGUUUUGGAACGCCGUAUUGAUUCUUGUGUCAUCUCCGUCUACCCGUCAUUAAACCCCGACCACGAGACGCUAACUGUCCCCGCGGACAUGUUAGCCAAAUUUGGUAUUUCAGCGAGAGCAUCUAAAGACGGUAUUGCGUUCAGCAACGCUGACAUUAUGUUCCAUUACCAAGAAGCUUUACACGACGUGCGUUACACCAAUUUCAAACCGGCUUAUUACUUAAACCGUCAGUUCAAACUGGUGUGUUCUGAAAUGAGCGGCCGAUUUUUAAGCAACGAAUACGUACAGACUCUGACAGUAGUCCACCCGAGGUCUCCCACGACUCCUUUUACCAGUUCAACAGCCCAACCGACAACCAAUUCACCUGCCGCCGCUUCAUUAGUAGACGAAAACAAUGCCGAACCGUUGCCGGCUCACGCUCAGAUGGUUCAGCAUUCGGUCGAAGCCAAACAAGCACAAACCAUUAUGGGUAAUUACUUUGAUGGGUCCGUGGAUGAUCACGCGCAAGCCAUCGUCACCAGUGGAGGGCAUGCCGUCACGAUUAUCAUCGUCGUGUGUGUUGGAUUUUUGGUGUUGAUGAUAACGCUGGGAAUAGUACGCAUUAAGGCCGCCCACCAGAAAGCAGCCCAGGACGAGGCCCAAGACACAGAAAUGGCAUGGGACGAUUCUGCUCUUAACAUCACUAUUAAUCCGAUGGAACAAUUGGAAUGCGACGGAGUUGUGUCCGGUGGAGGUGCGUUGUCUGUAGGCAAACAGACGCUCGCUGACAACGACGAUGACUCGUCCGAUGAUAACAUGAGCUAUGACUACGACGAUAGUUCGGACGACGGCGGCGGCAACGAAGAAGAUGACAAUCUCCACAGAGGCUGUCAGCCCCGUCUGGAAUGGGAUCACUCCACGAUGUCCAUCUAAGCCGAGAGUUGAUUAUCACAACGUCAUGUGCACUAAGAAAACGACUUGCAAAACGCUUAACGUUUCUGGUUUCACACAGUGAUUCUAUUUUUUAAUACUAAACAAAAAUCACCCUUUUUUGCAUAUCUUUCGUAAACGCUUGACUACUGAUACGCUUUAGUAUUAUUCAAUAUUCAUUCAUUAGGAGUAUAACAAAUUUAAAAAAAAAAAAAAAUUAAAGAGUGGGGCAUUGUUUAUUUGUUGAAGGUUGAUCGGACUUGUACUUAAUUUUUCUGUCUUUUUUUUUUUUCUUAUGCUCCAAAUCUUCACGUCAUUUUUUUAAAUAUUUUCUUUUACAAUAAUAUAUUUACAUUCUUAUUUUUUAAUUUUUUUGUCAAAACCAUUGUUUUACACACUGGUAUAUUAUACUCUUUUUGUCGUUUAUACAAUUAUCGUACUGACUGUGUUACCACGCAAUUGUCAUUUUUUUUUUUUUUUUUAAUAUUUAAUAUAUUAUAAUAAUUUAUUUUUAAAUAGUUUUACAAAUUUUUAUUUAAACGAACAAUGCCCUAAAAAAACAAAGUUUACAAUGCAUUAUCUUUUGCACUUUCCCCCAACCCCACUCUUUUCACUCUUAAUUAUUAGAGAGUAAUUAAGACAAAUAUAUAUUAAAAAUAUUUUGGAAAAAGACUGUAAAUAUUGUAAAAAAAAAAAACUUAAAAGAAAAAAGUUAAAAUUUCAUUUGUGACGUGCCAUUUUUUUUUUUUUAAUUCAACUAAUAUUAUUACGUUAAGUUGAUUAGUUCUGGUCAUUUUUAUACCUGUUUAUUCACUCUCUUGUCGAUUUGUAUUCUUCCUCCACGUACACCUUUUUCGAUAUUUUAAUAUGUGCACCGCUUGUCGUCGUUGUCUCGACUCUCGUGUAGCCGAUUUCUUGCCUAUAUAUUUCACGUAAUGUUUCUGUUUAUAUAUAUUUGAUACCGUCCAAUUAGGUUUCCUCGUAAAGUUUUAUUUUAUUAACUAACAAGAAACAAUAUUAUGAUGGGACUGUAAAAGUGCAGUUUUAGUAUUAUCGGUUGUGCAAUAAAGUUCUUAUAUAUAUAUAAUAUUAAUAAACAUAUUUUAACGUAAUCGUGCACUUUGUCAAAAAAUUUAUCGGUAAAAAUUAUAAAACAUGUUAUACAUUUUUUUUUUUUUUAUAUAUAAACAUAAAUAAUAAAUCAAACGUGCGUGUGUGUGUGUUAUGCGGACACGUACAUGUAAAUCUCGGAUAAAGCCGAUAAACUCAUAUCGCCGCGAAACAACACAUCAUUAGUGUCGUAAAAACAAGUAGACUACUCGCCGAAGUACAUAUUAUAUAAAUAUAUAAUCAAAAACCAUUUACGGUUUACAAUAUAACGUACAUUGUUAUUCAAUUUUAACAUUUGUCUUACAUAUAUAUAUAUAUAUAUUAUACAAUUAAUAAGAACAAAUUUAUCAUUACAUUUAUUUAAAAAAAAAAAACAAAUAUAUUAUAUAAUAAAAACAAAUAAUAAAUGAAUUAAAACGAUUAUAUAAGAUUAUUUUUAUGUAAAUUUAGAUUAAAUCAUAAGGUUAAUAUUAAACACUUAAAAAUUUUAAAAGUAUUAAUAUUAUAACAUCUUGCUUUGAUAUAUAUUUAUAUAUAUAUAUAUGUAUCAUAAGAUAUUAUUUUAACUAACUAGGGUGUAGGAAGAGAGUAAACCAGCAGUUAACGGUAUUAUUAUUAUUAUUAUUAUUAUUUAUGUCCUCGAAGUGCUAUUAUCGUUUGGUUUUUUUUCUCAAUUUAUGUACUAUGUAUUUUUUUAUCAACAUUAUUUUUAAUUGUCAAUCUAUUCAUCGCUAGACGAAUACCGUUUAAUCGUAAUAAUGAAUUUUUCUUCCUAUUUUAUUAUUAUUAUAAUUAUUUUUAUUCAAAAGCUAUAUGUGCAAUAAUAUUUGUUCAAAACAUGUACCGUGUGUUUUUUAGAAAUCGCAAUGUUGUGACAAAACGAAAAAAAAAAUUAUAUAUACUUAUAAUGUAUCUUUCUGCUAUGAAUAAAACACCUACACCUGUUAA